GAUUAUGCGAAAGGAUCGAUGGAGUUGCUGGAUUCAUGAUUUGAGCUAUUGAGGUAUAGAAGUGAUCGAGUGAAUCCAUCUAAUUUUACAGUUACAAAGCUAGCUUCGUGAACUCUAUUUUAAAUCCUAAAUCCUAGAGGUGUUAUAAUGCUAAGUGAAGAACCUAUAUAUAUACCUAGGAAGCUUUAGAGGUAUCAAGCUAUGGACCCUAAUGCCUGGCAGGCAUAUCAGGCCGCUUACUCAAGCAGAUUUAACUCAGGAGCUCGAGAUGAACCGAAUCCCUACGCAUCCAAUCCUGCAUCCUUGUUCCUCGCUCAUCAGCAGCUUAGAGAAGUAGCUAGCCAGCAUUAUCAGAAUCAAAUCUUGCCUCCUUCGUUGGUCCAUGCGGCUGCAAAUAAUAAGUCUCAGCUCCAUCAGCAGGCUCUGGCCAACUUGAAUCAGAUGACGGGGGCAGGUAUUCUCAAUUCCUCCGCCGCGGCGUGGAAGAUGGAGGCGGAACAACCACGCCAUGAACCCCGCCGAUCCGUUAUUGAAUCCAAAAGUAGUCAACCCGCCUUUCCAGGACAACCGCCACCGUUACAGGAUCGAUCACGUGACAGUCCUUUAUACCCUGGUCAACCCCCUCCUCGACAGUCCAGUCAGCCUCGGUCCCAGUCCCAUUCUUCUCCAGCUUUUCCAGGGAUAGUCCCUCCACAGUCCCCAGUCUACGGAAACCAUUAUAGUCCUCAUCUCAAUAAAUAUUAA